GCUAGAAAAACAAUCCCUGCUAUCUGCCCUGCUAUGGCUACUGUGAGCGGUUGGGGCGCAUCGCGCAUCGGAGUGAGGUUGGGAUUGAGGCCUUCGCAACUUAUACAGGAAGCUUUGUCACGAGCUCUUGGACGGGCACAAAUCGCAAAGACAAGUGUAGACGCCCUGCUUGCAUGCCCUUCGUUGUCGGACCCGAAGUUCAUGGAAGCGCAUCAUAUCGCAACUGAAUGCGAUCUAUUUGAUCACGCUCAAAGAAGGCCGUUCUGUGCGAAAACGAUUGAUGUUGGGGGAGCAAGUCCCGUAUCGAUGUUGUUGCAGGCAAAGCAAAUGGUUGAGAACGAAGGCUAUAAUGUUGUGGUCGUUGUGGGAGGGGAUUCGGUUUCUUCACUCAACCCCAGAGAAUUUGUUGAAAGAGCUGAUGAGGCUUUUGCGUCAAGAGAAGUCCGCCAAAAUAUCUCAUAUCUCAAGUCUCCGUACAUACCAAAUGCGUAUGCCCAUUGCACAACAGCCCAUAUGCAAAAACAUAAUGUUUCUAGAGAGCAGCUGGCAAUGGUUUCCGUCCUGAUGUCAGCUCAGGCGACGUAUCAUCCGCUUGCCGUGCAACGCAGGCCAUACGAUUUGGACGAAGUCUUGAAUUCGACGUCAGUAGGCCAAAAUCUCAACUUGCUCGAGUGCGCCCGAAAGGCUGAUGGUGCUGCUGCAAUUGUUGUUACUAAGAAAGGGAAUAUCAAAGUUGUGGGCGGUGGAGAAGCUUCAAGCCCUGCACUGACAGUAGAGGACUAUCAAUCUACGCUUUC